UCGCCCCGCCCUCCUCACUUAGCCCCGCCCCCUGCAUGUAAACCACCAUUGUGAGUCCACAGCAGACAUUCACGUCGCGGAACGUCGCGGACCUCGAAGGAAGACACGUCGCCUCGCGCCACCCAGAGGCAGUCGAGCCGAGCGUCCAGGUCCAAUGUACCGCCCUGACGCUCGUUUUUGCUUCGCGUUUGUGUCGUGGACCGUGAGGAGUGCUGGCUGUCGGCGGUCGUCGUGUUUUUCCUACCAACUUUGGAGCGGAGCUUCGACAAGAGGACCAUUUACUGCGGAGUCAGCGGCUUGCUCCUCCCUGUGAGGAGGACAAAAGAAGAAAAGGAGGUGGAGGAGCAUCUCUCUUGGCGCCAAUCAAGUGGGGGAGGAGCUAAAAGAAACAGUGGGCGGGGUUCAUUAGGGGUGAAUGCCCCGCCCCCUUUAGCCCAUCAUCUUUGAGAAUGAUCCAGAAUCUCCACGUGGGAGGCGUCAGAAUGAGCGUGCUCCUGCUGGCUGUGCUCCUGGUGGGCGUGCGAGGAGAACAUGGUGGAGGUGAGCUGGAGGCCUCCAUGCAUUCGUCGCUCGUCCUCCACUUCCAGGAAGACACCGCAGAUGCCAACGUGGCCGCCAUGAAGCAGAACUUCCCCGAUUCCUCAGCAGUGGUGGGCCGGCUCUUCCAGAUGAAGGUGCCUACCAAGAUGGAGGACACGUAUGUGGGCGACGUGAUACAGAUUUCCGAGUCGGGGAAGGACGUUCUGCCCACCUGGCUGCACUGGGACGCCACCCGCAGAACUCUGCAGGGUCUACCGCUGGACGGGGACAAAGGCGUCCAUUACAUCUCAGUGACCCUGUCCAACCACUCCGAGUCGUCGGCAUCGUCUUCAUCGGAGGUGUUCUCCAUCGAGGUGCACCCUGAAGAUAAUUCGGAGGCUGACUCGCCUCAGAUUACGUCCAACCAAGUCGCCACUGAACGCGACCUGUUCACGUGCGGCAAUGAGGAACCGACCACGGUGUUGACAGUCAUCCUGGAUGCCGAUUUGACCAAAAUGAGCUCGCGCCAGAGGGUGGUGCUCUUGGACAACAUGCAGAGAUAUUCGGGCAUGGAGCUGACCUUCAUGAAGAUUCUUCCUGUGGUCAAUAAUCGUCUCUUUGACAUGUCUGCUUUCAUGGCAGGACCCGGGAACGCCAAAAAGGUGGUGGAGAACGGUGCAUUGCUCUCUUGGAAGCUCGGUUGUUCACUCGACCAGAGCACCGUCCCAAACAUUGACAGCGUCCAGGGGCCAGCAAAGGCGGGCACCAUGUCUGCUGAGUUGGGCUACCCCGUGGUGGGCUGGCACAUUGCUAACAAGAAGCCCCAUGUUCCCAAGCGUGUGCGGCGCCAAUUCAACAACACCCCUACGCCGGUCCUGGCCGUGCUUCCUCCUACCAGUGUUGUCGAACCUCCAGUGAGGAUUGUUCCGACGUUGUCUUCCCCUGCCAUCGCUGCUCCCACCGAAAGCUCUGCACCGCCUGUUCGAGGGCCUGUACCGCUACCAGGCAAGCCGACCAUUCGAGUCCGCGACCCGAUUAGCCACACGCCCACUUUGGGGCCUCCUCAACCUACAAGGGUGAUGGAGACCACCAGCACCAUCCCCAUCGAACCAACUAUGACCAGGCCCACCUUCGUGGAAGCUACCGCCACACCGCCUACACCCACCCGAAAACCUACCAAGAAGCCCAAAAGACCCAAAACCACCCCCAUGCCCAAAGAACCAAAGACAACCACAGCAAAGCCAUCCAGACGCACCACGCCGUCUCCUGGCGUCCUUCCAGAUCCCUUCAAUGAAAAACCAGUGUUACGCAAUCCCAUCGACCAGGUCAAAGCUUUAGUGGGUACGUACUUUGAGGUCAAGAUCCCCUCAGACACCUUCUUCGACAAAGAAGAUGGAACCACCGACAAACUGCGUCUGAGUCUGAGAAAGAACCUAAACGAAGUGGUCGGUGAAGGUUCAUGGAUCCAGUUCAACACUACCAGCCAGCUUCUCUACGGCCUUCCUGAUGUGCAGAACGCUGGAAAGCAUGAAUACUUCAUGCAGGCCACUGACAAAGGUGGAUUGAAUGUCAUCGACGCUAUUGAGGUCCGCGUUGACCGCUGGCCCGCUAACGACAAAACUCCUGUUGUGUUCACGGCCCGACUGGAAGGAGAACCGCGCUCCGUUACACACGACAUCCACAAGAAAAUACUGCUGGUCAGGAAGCUGGCGUACGCUUUGGGAGACCGAAACAGCAGCAUGGUGAGCCUGAAGAACAUCAGCAAAGGUUCCAUCCAGGUGGAGUGGACCAACAGCAGCCUGCCGCAGCAUCCUUGUCCCAAGGAGCAGAUCAUGACCAUGAGCAGGAUGCUUGCCGACGCCGACGGAAGGCCAUCACAAACCUUCCAGAAUUCCAUGGAACCUGAAUUUCGACCUCUGGGCGUCAAGGUGAAGGGGCGGGCCAGCUGCAGGACUUACUCCUUCAUUCCCCCGGGAGAGAUGGAAAUCCCGGAAUAUGUGCCAGUCACACCGGCACUGGGAACCGGGAGGCAGAGUACAGAUGACGUCUACCUCCACACGGUCAUUCCCGCUGUGGUGGUGGCGGCCAUCCUGUUGAUUGCGGGAAUCAUGGCCAUGAUCUGUUACAGGAAGAAGCGGAAGGGGAAGCUGACCCUGGAGGACCAGGCAACUUUCAUCAAGAAAGGCGUUCCCAUCAUCUUCGCCGACGAGCUAGACGAUUCCAAACCGCCAGCCUCUUCCAGCGCGCCCCUGAUCCUCCAGGAAGAGAAGCCUCCUUUGCCACCUCCCGAGUACCCCAACGUGGCCGCGCCAGAGACGGCGCCCCUAAACCGGGAACUGCUGGGAGAGUACACGGCACUCCGGGACGAGGACCCAAACGCGCCCCCUUACCAGCCGCCGCCGCCCUUCACCACGCCCAUGGAGGGUAAAGGCUCCCGACCGAAGAACAUGACUCCCUACAGAUCUCCUCCGCCCUACGUGCCCCCUUAAGACCUGCUUUGCCACGUCCCUUGCUGCUCACGCCGCUUCCUGGUCUUCUUCACCGUCUGGACUUCUUUGCGGCCGGAUGUACAAGGUGCUAAUGGUCAACACCGCUACGGGGUUUGCCUUUCUAGGGCGUAGGGGGCGGGGCUGGGCAGGUUGGACAGACUUCAGUUUUAGUGGUCUCCAAGGGGCUAAAGAUGCACGUGACCUUUGACCACAACACAUUGUUGCAAAUACAAAGCGAUAAACGUGCGCUUUGGUUGUGGCGACUUUUGAUUUUUUUUGGGUGGGGCAGUGGUGUUUUAUUUUUCUGCAUUAUCAGGAGUUUUCUUUUUUUAUCAGGAAGGAGUCGUUUUCCUAACACUUUACAUUUUUCAAUAACACAAAAGGUGUGUGUGUGUGUGUUUGUAAGCGUGAUCAAAGUUGAAGACACACAGGUUGUCAUGGCGAUGCAGUGGGACUGCUUCCAUAGUACAUAUAUAAAGAUGGGGAAGAGGGGCGAGGUCUAAAUGAACCUGCAGGUUGUUGUUUUUUUGUUCUGUUUGUGAGAAGCAAUAAAUUAAAUCCAGUGUGCGGGAAUAAAUGAGCGAAUGAUUGAUUAAGGUGCUCCUAUCAUGUCAGCAGACACAAGGCAAAAAAAAAAAUUGCUGCAGGUUGAGAUUAUUUUUCUACGUAAAGAGGAUGAGGUCACCAAUGUCACACGGAAAGAAUCUUCUAGAACUUUUUUAAUCCACUUUUGAUACUUGCCCCAGUGACCAUGACUGAACAAGUAAUACUUCUAAACUAGACGCUAUGUUUAUUAGUUUAAUUUGUGUGCCUUUGCAUUUAUCUUUGCUCAUACUUGAUGUACUUUUAUUUUGACAUGACUGACGUUUGAUUGGCCGACGCUAACAAGCUUAUUUUGCUUCUCCAUAAUAAAAUCCAAGUGGUACGACUUUUA